AUGCUGGAUAGAUAUCGGGAGCACCCACUGGGUUAUUACGGUGCCCAUUGUAACCCUACUCGUGGCCUCAUUAGGUAUUUUGUUCUGUGUUGUUUAUCUGACAUUAAGAAGUAAGUUCGAUAACCCGAUGACGAAGUUUCUGAAAACAUUACACGCUAUAAUUUCCCUAAUCCCAGUCUUCGGACUGCAAUACGUAUCGCAACCAUUCCGGCCUCCUCCUGGAUCAGCGGCCGAAAUAACAUUAGAGAAAGUAAUUGCAAUUCUUACGAGCAAUCAGGGCGUAAUCGUUUUUAUUUUGUAUUUAGUUUUGAACUGCGAAGUUAUUUCUGCAAUUCGAGAGAAAUAUCGGCAGAGAUAUGCAAACGCGCCCGUUGAUGAACCGAUCCCUAUGGCUGAUUUACCUGCUGAAGAACCCGACGUGGAGAUUACUGUAGACAUUGAAGAGUAAUCGCAUAUUAUUAAAGAAGACUUUCACUGUAUAUUGUAUUAAUAGGAAUUGUACAGUUGUAUAUUAUACAGCUUGUCAGUCAAUGGCCACCACAGUGGUGUCCUUCGUUUAAAUUGAGAUUUCUUUAAUCAUAUUAGGUAAUUUUUUUAACCAUCUUGAUGUCGUAUUUCGAUUUUCUUAGCAUAUAUUUAGGGAUAAGCAUUGAUUGUACAGA